ACACUCGGGCCGGCCGCCUAGCGAGCCUUUCAUUUGCCUUCAUUUGCACAGGCUGCUCCUGCACUGCCUGCUUGUCCAGCAGUUUCCUGAGGACUAUGGAGGUAUUCAAACUGCACUUCAUUCCUGUGGAUCAGCAAGUGUAGCCCACAGCACCUGGUGUAUCACUUGGAGAUGGCGCAGGAUAUUACCAAUGCAACCGGCGAGGAGUAUCUGGAGGAGAAAUUACCCUGCGAUUCAGACACAGAAGCUAUAAAUCUAGGAGCUGUGGCAUAUGAUGACGUUUUGGAGAUUAAUCAGUUUGAUGGGCUGCCUUAUUCCUCCAGGUUUUAUAAAUUGCUGAAGGAAAGGAAAGAGUUGCCAGUUUGGAAAGCAAAGUGUGAAUUCAUGGACACUUUGGUCAAUGGACAGUUUGUCAUUGUCAGUGGCACUGCCAAAACAGGGAGGAGUUCUCAAAUUCCACAGUGGUGUGCCGAGUUCUGUCUGUCGGUCCAGUACCAGCAUGGCAUGGUGGUUUGCACUCAGAUUCAUGGGCAGCAGACGGUAGAUCUUGCCUUACGAGUGGCCGAUGAGAUGGACGUCAACAUUGGCCAUGAAGUGGGUUACAGCAUCCCCCUGAAAAUGUGCUGCUCCAGUGACACAGUCCUCAGGUACUGUACAGACGACAUGCUGCUGAGGGAGAUGAUGUCGGACCCCCUGCUGGAGCGCUACGGUGUGGUGGUGGUGGACCAGGCCCACCAGAGGACCGUGGCGACCGAUGUUCUCCUGGCCCUGCUCAAGGACAUCGCCCUGCAGAGGCCCGAGCUCCGCGUGGUGCUCCUCACCGCCACCCAGCCCGGCCCCAAGCUGCUGGCCCAUUACUCCAACUCGGCCUCCGCCUCCACAGUCCCUCAGAUCCAGCUGGAGAGCCCGGGCGCGGGGGAGGUGUUGUACAGCAGCAGCGAUGACAGCAGCGGUCACAAGGGCUACUUCUGCUCUGCCCUGCGUCUGGUGCUGGAGAUCCACCGCUCCCAGGAGCCCGGAGACAUUGUGGUGUUUUUAGUCACAGCGCAGGAAAUAGAUCUUGCGUGUGACAUCCUGUGUCAUGAGGGGCACAGCUUGCCCCCUGCCCUGGGUGAGCUCCUGCCCAUCGCCGUGCACCCUGGCCACAAAGGAGGUCUGCCCACCCAGGGAGAGGAGGGAACAGUCAGGAGAGUUUUCCUCACCUCCAGUCCAAAUGAAGACUUUUUUUGGGCUGUUGGCUCGAUACGUUUCGUCAUUGAUGCAGGCCUCCAGAAAAAAUGUGUGUACAACCCCAGAAUCAGGACAAACUCAGCUGUCAUUCAGCCAAUCAGCAUAGGCCAAGCCAAAUGUCGCAAACAACUAGCAGGUCCAGCAGGCAAGUGCUUCUGUCUGUACCCAGAAGACAGGCUGCUGCCCAAUGAGAUCCACCCGUGCAUCCUGGAGUCUGACAUCGCCUCCACCGUGCUUUUCCUCAAGAGGAUGGAGAUCGCUGGGCUGGGCCACUGCGACUUCAUCGACAGACCGGAUCCAGAGGGCCUGAUGCAGGCUCUGGAGGAACUGGACUACCUAGCAGCCCUGGAUGAUGACGGCAAUCUGUCUGAGAUGGGCAUCAUCAUGUCUGAGUUCCCUCUGGAGCCGCAAAUGGCCAAAACCCUGCUGGCCUCCUGCGAGUUUGACUGUGUCAACGAAGUGGUGACCAUCGCUGCCAUGCUAACAGCGCCGAGUUGCUUUGUGGUUCCCUCUGUGGAGCUGAGGCCAGAGGCGGCCCAGUGCCACAUGAAGUUCCAGCACCCUGAAGGAGACCACUUCACCCUCAUCAACAUCUACAAAGCCUUUAAACAGAGCCAGCUGGAUCCAUGUUUCAGUGUGGAAAAGUGGUGUGAGGAGUUUUACCUGGACCACGCUGCUCUGCUGGUGGCUGACGCCCUCCACACCGAGCUCACCAACAUCCUGAGGAGGAUCGAGUUGCCCGUCUCCGUGCCCGCCUUCGGGUCCCGCAUCAACACCUUCAACAUUAAGAGAGCCCUGCUGGCAGGUUUCUUCAUGCAGGUGGCGCGGGAUGUGGACGGAUCAGGGAACUACUUCAUUCUGACCCACAAACAUGUGGCACAGAUCCAUCCUCUGUCUGGAUAUGGUGCCAAGACGCCCAAACUAGGUCUGCCAGAGUGGGUCCUGUUCCACGAGUACACCUUCUCUGAGGACAACUGCCUCCGCACCGUCUCCCACAUAUCACCAGAUGAGUUCAUUCAGAUGGCACCGCAGUAUUUCUUCUACAAUCUCCCUCCCAGUGAGAGUAAAGGCAUCCUCCAGAACAUUUUGGACCGUGGAGUGUCCCGCUGCCAAGAGAAGAAACCUGCAUCCUUGGAAAGUGAAGCCCAAGGGGACCAGACAUACGAUCGCUGUGUGAUACAGUGACUGACGCUUUGUGGAAUGAAAAAUGUACAAUCUAUUGCAUUUUUUUUCUUUUAAGAGUUAUUUCCUUUCCCAUUCAUCUCUGACACACAUCGGUAUUAUCUUCGUGCCCCUUGCCCCUUGUCUAUGUCAAGAUAUCAUGCUUCGUAUUUAACUUUAAAUAGAUAUUUAAGUAUUAAAACCGCAUUAAUAUAUGGAUGAAAAACUGUAAUUGCUGUUCCCGUUUGAAUUGUCACUGUGCUACUACUAAUGAAUUAGGAUCUGUACUUACUCCUUCUUGUCAGUGGAAAAUGAGAGAAUCUUACAUUGCCAAUUCCUUUUUGUUUCUUUAGGAUGUGCACUGAAAUGUUAAAUACACAUUAAAAAUGUGUAUUUAUCCAGGUUUAUGCUGUUUCUACUAGCUUCACAAUACAAAAAAAUUACAUCACA